AUGGCUCCUAAAGUAUCUAUGACUGUUCAGAUGAACACGGACAGACCAAUUCCUACCAUCGGUCUCGGAGUGUAUCUGUUGCCUUUGGACAAGACAGCUGAAAUUGUCGAAACUGCUCUUAACAUUGGCUAUCGUCAUUUUGAUUCAGCCCGGCUAUAUGGAAAUGAAGAAGAAACUGCUGAGGGGAUUGCGAACUUUUUAGAGAAAAAUCCCAAUGUUUUUAGAUCUGACAUCUUUUACACGACUAAAAUCUGGCCCAGCGAUUUUGGCUACGACAAAACGAUGGCGGCUGUGAAAGACUCAUAUGACCUUGUCAAGAAAUCAAUUGGAUAUAUUGAUCUUAUUCUUUUACACACACCAGAAUCUACCACUCAGAAAAGAUUGGAGAGCUAUAGGGCCCUGCAAGAUGCGGUUGAGCAAGGAAUUGUGAAGAAUAUCGGGGUAUCCAACUAUGGCGUAGCUCACUUGAAAGAACUGCUUGCAUAUCCGGAGCUGAAAUAUAAACCAGUUGUGAACCAAAUUGAAAUCAAUCCAUGGCUCCAACAUGUAGAUAUUACUCAAUUUUGCAAAAACAAUGAUAUCUUGAUACAGGCGUACUCCCCUUUGAUGUUUGGGGGCAGAUUGAGGGAUCCUCAGAUUGUAAAGCUAGCUGACAAGUAUAAGAAAACUCCGGCUCAGAUCUUGAUAAGAUGGAAUCUUCAGAAGGGAUUUAUUCCUUUGCCUAAGUCUGUUCAUGCGCAUAGAAUCCUUGAAAAUUUCACUGUGUUUGAUUUCGAAAUUUCUGAUCAAGACGUUGAAGAUCUUGGCGAUAAAACUUCACAUUACUACGGUAGUCCGGGUUCAGAUCCUACAAAAGCACCAUAG